AUGCUUUAAAUCGGUUCUGACAUGUGAUUUUAUUUACUUCCCCUGAAUGCCAAGGAAACUUGUUCAAUUUGCACAACGACAAGGACUUUAAAGCUAGAAGAAUCUUUUAUCAAACGUUACGGCGUACACAGUUAAUCACAAAAAUGUUACUUACACCGAUUAAGUAUUUGUUUUUUGCAAUGUUAUUCACUCCAGGUGAAAAUAAAUUUGCGGAUACUGUGCUGCAAAUGUAUGAACAAAUCUCGCACAGGUUCGAUGAUAUAUGGCAAAGAAUAUCCGGAAUGGAUAGCAGAAUAAAUGCAUUAGAAAAACGCGUGGGUGAAAACAAUUCAGAAACAUGCAACCCUUGUGUAAGCCAAGGUGCAGAUAAUGAAACCUCUAAUAAAGAAGACGACCUUAGAGGAGAAAUUAAUAUAACGAUGCGAGCAGCUUUUGAUGCAGAGAAAGCAAAUCUGAGAGAGACUGUACAAUUAAUGGAACAAACAAUGGAGAAGACGAUGAAUGUAUGCAAUGAAACCGGGACGGAGCUUAAGCAGAAAAUGUCUCAACUUGAAAAUGAGAAAGCAGACAACGGAAGAGUAAGCAUGGUCGAAAAGACAUUAAAUUUGAUACAAUCAAGUGCUGAUGACUUGCGGAACAGAACUGAAUUAGUAGAAUCCAAGAUAACUGAACAGCAAAAUUGCUCAAGAUUCGGAAGCAGACUUGAUGACAUAGAAUCGAAUGUCUCCACUGUCAUGGAAACCAUGAAAAACAGGAAAGUCAGCUUCUCAGCCCAAUUCAGAAUAAUAAACACCUCAGGCAUGGACAUUUCGAAAAACACAACCAUUCGAUUCAACCACGUGUUCCAUAAUGAUGGUGGUGGAUAUAACGUGUCUACCGGAAAGUUUACUGUGCCAAUAUCCGGUGUGUACAUGUUUAUCUUCUUUGUCGAGAGCUUUCAAAAGGUCGAAAGAAAUAUUUGUCCAGGGGGAUUUGUCAAGUUAUACGUUGAUGACGUUUACGCUGAAAUGUCAGCCAUAGCAGAUCCCAACUAUCAACAGCACAUACAGGCCGGUAACUCGUACAUAAAGAACUUCACCGAAGGUCAACGAGUCUUUAUUCGAACAACAGAUACAUGCCCGACGUCCUACAUCGGCGGUACUAGAACAACGUUUUCGGGUUUACUUUUAUACUGAUUUUGUGCACAAUGGUUAACAGGCCUGUCAUCUGCUCCAACCCACCCUUUUCCAACUUGUUAGCCAGCCUGACACUCAUCUUGUUAGUGGUUUAAAAGUAUGGAAUCAUCAAAAAUGUGUUCGCAAUUUAAAGGAAUAUAAUGUGAUGUGUGUGUAUAUUUUAUUGCACCUUUUAUUGUGCAUACCUUGCUAUGCAUAUUUGAUAUUGCUAAUCUCAAUGUCAUUCUAUGAGCACCAUAUAAGCUGUUUUGAAAAAUGUAUGUGGUUAAUUGUUAAUGAAAAUAAAUAAGGAAACGUGUAUCUAAAACAAAUAUUUGUACAAUAGAUGGUAAGGAGAACAUAUUCGAGCUUUAUAAAUCAACUCCGUUUGACCUUUUGUAUCUGACAUUGCAUACAUCGACGCUUUCCAGUUUGCAUCUUUUUUCCCAAUAUUGCAGAUUUGAGAUAUUCUGCACUCAUUACGCAUUAACUUCGGCCAUUGAUGUCGACAUUGAAAUGCCCGAGAAAUUGCUUUUAGAACAAUGUCGCUUUGUAUUAUCUAACCCACCCCGAUUCGACAAUACAUCGUUAAAUUUGAUGUGAUCAAUAAGGAAUAUAGGAUACGACAUGAGCUGUCUUGUGAUAUAAACUUUCAUGAAAAUAGUUUAGAUAAAUGAUAUUAAGCUAGUCUCUAGAACGUAAGGUAAAGAAUUUAGUCUAUAAUAAUAAAAGAGUUUACAAUUUAAGGUGUUAUCUUGCUAUAAUUAGAACAGAGCAAACAAACAAUCAAACCAAACAAGGAAUAGAAUGUGAUAAAAUAAUAUUCACUCCGAUGGUUAUGUGCAACUGAUUUAAAAAUAAAUUUUCACUGCUUUGUUGAAGUUGACGUGAAAUGGGUUACUUAUGCGUCAUUAUAUUCUUUUAUGUGAUACAGAUUGCUGCAUCGUACAUGUCGUAAUAAUACUCAAAAUUAAAUGAAUAGAUGGAAUAA